GAAUAUCUGGUUGCCAUGGACGAGUUGGACCGAAGAGUCUGUUUCUGUGCUGUACAACUUUAUGACUCUCUGACAGUAUGAGAAUAUUAUCACUGUGGGAAUUGCUAGAAUCUAUUGUAAAAGAUAUGACAACAGGACACUUAGGAAAUAUCAUUGGAUUUAGACAGUCAAAAUAGAUUUACGAAGGGAAAUUAUGUUUGACAAACCCACUGGAGUUUCUUGAGAUAGUAACGAGUAGAAUAGAUUAUUAUUCCAUAUCUUUUAAUACCCUUACCCAGCAAAAAUCUAUAAUUUUUCAGUUGAACCCUAGCCUCAGUAGCGUUUUGAGUAGAAUGUUCCAGAAUCCACUACUUUUUGUGUGAAGAAGUGCUUCCUGACAUCACAACCUCACUCCAGAAGUGUCUGAGGUCCAGUUUUAAGGUUACACCCUCUUGUGCUGACUCUCCCACCUCAGGAAAUUCUUUCUUUCGAACCACACUAUCAAAUUCUUUCAUUUUAAUGAGAUUACUUUUUAAAUUUCCUACAUUCAAGUAAAUACACAUGCAGUCUAACUAUCCUCAGAAUUCUACCCUUUUUUGUUAUCCUUGGGAUCUGAUUACUCGAUCUGCUUAAACGUUACAAAUUAUUGCAAGGCAAAAUCAAAAGCUGUCUAGUGAUUAAACCUCUCUUUCUCUUUGUGCAGUUCUAAGAGAUUUUGACAUUACCAUUUACUACCGUGGCAAAAAAGUCUUUCAGAGCACGGUUAGCAAUGCUAAUGGCUGCCGCCUGUAUCAUGAUGAAGAGAAUGAAAGAUUCGCUCAGCUACAACACAUCAGGUUCCCAAGUACAGAGGAGAUAAAGGAUCAUCAACAGAAAAGGUUCACCAAUUGUCUCUUGUCAAACAUGGCAGGAGGACUUCUUCUGGAGAAUAAAAAUGGAGAUCUUUUCGCCAAGAGACUGGGCAAGUGUCAAGUCUUUUGGACCCGUUCAGGGGCAACCAUGAAUGAGGAGUCACAAAAGCUGAACCGAAAUGAGGAGAUUAAAUUAUUCAGCCUGAAAGAUUUUUACACGGAAUGUGUGGAGUUCAUGGAGCAGCAACGCGGAAUGCCACAAAGCUCCAUCUUCCUAUGCUUUGGACAACAAUUCCGGAUAGGAAAUGAGAAGAAGAAACUCAUCCUGGUCAAGGUCAGAGGAUCUUCACCAAUCCAACAGAUUGUUCCUAAAAUCUGCAUCUGUCUGAUUGAAUACACCCAUCAAGAAGGAGCAUCCUCACUGACCAGUGAUAAUGUCAGCCUGCAGAUGUCUAACAAUUCCAGCACAUCGUCCAUGGAGAACUUGAUGGCUUUAAUCCAUGAAUUGGAAAGCCUGAUGGAGCUAGAGUAGUUGAGACACUGGUCCCAGGCAUUGGGUGCUUGAAAUACCUACAAAUGUCAACUUGUCACAAAAACUUCCUCUUCAUCACACUUGAGCAUAUAGCUGCAAAGUUUUCUGACCCAGUUCCUACAAUGCUUAGCCAGAAGGAUCAUCUAGAACUUAUCACUGUCUUUUAAUCUUUUUUGCAUUUGAGUUUUGGGCAAAUCUUAAGUAUAAUCUUUUAGGCAUUCAGAGGAAUGAUCAUUGCAUCUUGCUUCUUUCUAGUAACUAGUCAAGGAAUUUGGACUGUUUGCAAGCAUUCGAGAAGCUGGUUCAGAAUUUGCUUCCAUCUGAGCUGGUGCUUGCUAGUAAAGAAAAUUGACAGAAGAUCAAACUUCAAACCCAUCUUUAAUUCUCUGCCAUGCCGAUUCAGUUAAAGUCCAAAAGAAGCAGAGACUGAUCUUCAUGAAGAAUAACACAUCCAGUUGCACAGUGUGUUGCUCAGUUGGGAAAUUGGAAAUCAAGAUUCCAACAACUCCCGUUUCUGUAGCCUCCUCUCACAACUUCAGGACGUUUCAAAGUACUUUUUCAUAAUGUUAGAUUUACAGCAGCCAUUUGAUGUACAGAAUGAUCCUGCAAACAGGAAUGGCCAGAUGAAGCAUACUGUGGGGCCACAGAUUUAGAUCAUUUGGCAUAGGGCAAUUAUUUUUUGCUUCCCCGCAUACUACAAAGCUUUCUUUUUGAAAGUGGGAAAAGUAUUUGAGGAAUUGUGAUUUUUGUUAUCUAUCUUUGGAAAUUUAAAUGCCUUUUUUUGUCCCUCCCAUUCAAAAAAUGUUCCAGUCACUUUUAGUCCACUGUCCAGCUCUGAUAUCAGUUUGUAAAUCCUUUCUCAUCAGUCUUAGGAUGCUUGCCUCAGUUGGCAAGGCUAGCAUUCAUUGUUCAUCCCCCUUUGCUGAUGAGAAGUUUGAGGUAAGUCGCUGAUCAGUGUACCUAAUGUUGAGAUACUCAACAUGCUAUUAAAGAGUCUGUUGAUGUAGUGACAGUGAAGGAACAGUGAUACAGUUCCACAUCAGCAUGCGACUUGGAGUGUGACUUGGGAGCGGUGUUGCCCUGUGUUGUCCAUUGCAGGUAGUGAUGGUCCCGAGUAUGGAGGUACUGCUUUUUGUUUAAAAGAAAAACUCUGCAAAGUAAUUUGCUGCAUGGGUUUUUAUUUCCACGAAAGAGAACCUACCUGCAAUUCUUUCAAAAAGGUGAGCCCAUUUUCAAAACAAUGGCAGAGGAAUUCCCAAAGGCACAGUUAAUCUUCCUGAUUGGAGACUGGACAGCAAUGGCUAAAGCUUAAGAGAGUUCUGAUCUAACACAGCAGCAGUCAAACUAUUUCUCUGAUACUGGAGUCAUACUGAGACAAAACAAACAAACCAACUUGUUUGUUUAAUUGAAAUUUAGAAGCAUUUGGGGGGAAAAAAACUUGCUAUGUUUCAGUGAAUACUGAAAAUGAGAACCUAUUGUGGAACAAGAUAAUCCACCUUUUUUCCAUAUGUCUGGUUAACUUAAAUUGAAAUUACACAACAGCUGGAGUUGCCUAUGGUUCUACAGCAGCAACAGUUUUGUAGUUCAAUGCAUUACCAACAAUACCUUCCCUCAAAAGAUUGUCCUGGAAUCUCCAGGAUUUAUUGGAGAUGAUUGUUGCAGAUCAUCCUGUUCUUAGACCUAGGGAGAGAACUGCAAGCAAGCUAGUAAUAGAGUUUCCUCUAGUAACAGAGUUUCUUUCCUGUAGUUCAUACAUUUUAAGAUUAAUUAUUUUAAUGUCGCUCAGCCCAAUAUCUGGGAGUGAAUAAUCUCACUCUCAAUUCCCACAUGGACUCAUUCCACUCCUUCACCUAAAGACAUCAUGAAGUGUAAAACAGACGUUGGCAUAUUUUCAAUUCGGGAUUUUAAAAAGGAGCUGACCUGCAAAUUCUGGAAUUUAAGCACAGCAGAAUAUUCUAGAAUGACUUGGAAGAUCCACCAACGUCUGUUUCUUAAAAAUAUGCAAGUCAUCUUUUGGGUGGUGAUGUCCCUCUGUAGCUAUUUGAUUAACCUCCGGUCUGAAUUGCACUCUGUUCAGGGUCUGUAGUGAGAGAGGGUAUUGGCUACAGGCCUUGAAAAUGCCCUUUCAAAUAUUAAUUUCUAAACUUCAGAUACCUUUCUAAGAAAUAGAUGUCAACUCAGUGAGCUGAACAAAGUUUAAUGCUGCCCUAUUUAAUGUUAAAUUCCUUUAUCUGCUCUAAACAGAAAGCAUAUGGGAGUGGUUCUUAUGAUUUUUCACUAACUUUUCACAAAAAUACAUUAUAUCUCUUUAAGCUAAUACUCAUUAACUUCGAGGCAGAAUCUAACAUGAACAGUCAGGAAAUGUGAAACAACUCUCCCAGCUUGUUAAAUAUUUAUUUUGUUUUCGUAUGGUAUUUUUAUUAUUGCUGCCUCUUCAAGAAACUUUUAAUCCCUUUCGUAAGUCGUUGAUUUUUAUACUUUGAAACAAAAGUUAAAGCAGAAAACCUGAAAAUCCAUCUCAUCAGUGAGGGCUUCUCUGGUGCUGGUCAUUGAUGGUUUGAAUUCAGGCAUAGUAACCACACUCAUGGUUUUCAGAGAGCGAUGGUUACAGUGAGUCAAUAGUCCGCUGGUAGGAUGGUGUUAGAAAAUGUUUACAAGAAUGAUUAAGGGCUUCCAUUUAAACUAUGAAUUAAGAACAAUGCACAUUCAUCUGAUCACACAGGGCAAUGAUGUGAAAGCGGUCUAGAGCAUCUUAACUUCAGUAAAUUUCUAGAUGUUAACUUGUACAAAAGUGAAAUUUAAGAUUACUUUCAUUUCACUGAUUGUCGAUUAGUUCAGAGUAAUCUUUUUGAUCCCGCCCAGUUUUAUUUCCAGUGCCCAGCUGACUUUAUUUCUCUCCCUGUUGAUCGGGGUGGGGGAGGUGUGCUGGUGGGAUACCAUUCCUGCUGGCCAGGCAGAAUGCUGUACUCCUGUUCUCAGCCCAAAGCAGCGGUGAUCCUCAAUGCAGAGAUCACUGAGAAAAAGCCAUUUGAUUGUAUUUGAGCAUUUUGCUCUUUGGUAAGGGCAGAAUCUGACCCUAGUUAAAAUUGGGGGAUCAUUAGAUAUUACUGAUUCAAUUAAAUUGUCACUCCAUGAAAUCAAUCUGAUGAGGAUUCCCAAAUCAGCAUUGGAAUGGGUACUUCUCAAUGGAGACAGGAAUUGCUCUUUAUUAGUCAUGGGAUCAGUAGAUCCCAAAACAAGCUAACUUGGUCUACCAGAUGUUGGUAGCAGAUAUACAAUCACUCCAUUGCCAAAUGAAAUAUCUUGGGGAGGAGUUUAUUGUGUGGCGAUGUGAUCAGGGCAUCAAUGAAUUGCUAUGCUGAAUUCUCUAGAUAUCUAAUGUGCCACUAAUGCUGUGGUACUCAUUCCAGGAUCAGAAUAGUUCUGAGGUUUGGUGCUAAAGUAAUCUACAUUCAAUCCACAUGUGGCACCCGUCGUAAUCAGGUAUAUGAAGUGUUUUCAGGUUACCUGCUGACUGAAUUUAUUUUGAUCUGAAGAGGGUGGAGGGGGGAGCAGAAUGAAGAAGGUGCACAUUCCAGGGCAAUUGUUAUGUUGUUGACCCACAGAACCCCUUUGGGAGAUAGUACCUACAAUUAGAUGCCCCCCCCCCCAACCACCAAAACCUCUUCAAUCUGCACUUUGAGAAGAAAACCCUUUUUCCUAGCUAGGCAAAGCGUGUACAGUCUUAUUGGGGUUAUAAGGGUGAAGUGUAUAUAUUCUUCUAAGACUAUAUAUUUUAUAAAUUUGCUGUUUAAAACUUUCUUAAAGUUUAUUAAAAUAUAGAGACAAAUUGCAA